AUGAUGUUGACAUGUCAAAAGAAAACUUUUAGAAAAUAAUUUUAUGAUGAAAAGCCCAAAUAAUUAAACAGUUAACAGCAGGUAGUCAGCUAUAUCAGUGAUAAGAUGUAAGUUUUUAAACUGAAAAGCAGUUAAAAGAUAAAAAUGGUGGAAGUGUCAGGUCAUUUAUUACGUGGACCAGUAUUUCUAGCUGGAGAGACUUUACAGUGUGAAAUUAAUUUCCAUCAUCCUGGAUUGCUAUCUGCCGAAUCAGGAGAUGGUAAUUCUGGUAAUAAGAUAAGAUUAGCCUGGGCUAGUGUACAGAUUAUUUGUCAAUGUACAGUCAGUGAAUCUAGAGUUAUAUUACCUAGAGGACCUCUACCAUCAACUGUAGAUGUAUCAACAACAGGCUGUGAUACAUCAUUUGUUCCCAAUAAAGGUGAAAGAGGUCUGACUGUUUUAUCAACAAAACCUAAAAUAUUAUUCUGUGAUUUAUCAUUACAGCCUAGACAAACCAAAACAUUUCGUUAUGAAGAUUGUAUACCAACUGAUUCUCCACCAUCAUAUAGAGGUCAAGCUGUUAAAUAUUCUUAUAAAAUUAUCAUUGGUACACAACGCUUUCAACAACCAACCAAAUUGUUACGUAUUCCAUUUAGAGUUCUAGUUUUAUAUGGUUUAAAUGAUUUAAGUGUAUAUAAUGAAGGUGAAGAGGUGGCCCCCAGUAAUCCAUUUUUACGUCCCAAACAGAAGGAGAAUGCUGUGUUAGAUAUUGCUACUCAAGUUAUGGCUACAGUCACUGCUCGAAAAUCACCACAUUCUUAUAAUAUCACCAAUAGUCAUGGUAGAGUAGCUAAAUUAUUAUUAUUUAAACAAGCUUUUAAACUUGGAGAUGAUAUUGUUGGUGUUUUUGAGUUUAAAGAAGGAAAUGUUCCAUGUGUACAGUAUUCUGUUACAUUACAAAGUGAGGAACAGAUAUCAGAAGAGUGUCGUCACAAAUUAGGACAAGGAUCAGCAAUAACAUCGUUUGUUAAACAUCAAGAAAUGUGUUUACAUGUUGAUGAAACUCAUAUGGCAAUACCAAUACCUUUAACAGCUUCACCUGGUUUUAUAACUGAUAUAGUGUGCUUAAGAUGGAGAUUACAUUUUGAAUUUGUAACUCUAAGUGAUCCUGGUAAGAAAAGUGAUGUUGUCAAUAAAAUUGGUGAUGAUUUUACCAGUUGGAGAGGACCAGCUAAUAUAAAUGUAGAGACAAUGGUGUGGGAUUUACCUAUUAAAAUAUUCCCUGCUAAUCCAUUACAUGUAUCUGGUGUCACACUAAUCAAAUCUGGUGCCUCUAUGAAAGUGUAAAUAUACAUUUAUAGCUGAAACUGUCAAAAUUUGCUUUACCUGCAAAUAGAUCAAAAUUUCACCAACCAAUUAUAUACUGUAUAUUUGCGAAUGUAGUGCGCAGCUUUUCACCCAAAGAGAGCUGGUUACACUGAGAGUAGACAGCCAUUAAGAUUACCAUUUUAAAUGAUAACAUGUAUACCUAUAUAUGGUUACAAUAUUAUUAUUUGAAUAUGAACCUGAAGCCAGAGUGAUACAAGUGACCUAGUUUGAGCUCCAUCAGAUAAUUUAGAUAAUAUAUUGAAAUAUAUGAAUUAUUAAAUAUAAUUUAUCAAAAUUUAUAAAGUUAUAAUGUUGUAAAUAAUGGUUAAAGGAAGAGUUCUGCAUUUAUCAUAUUAUUGUAACGCAUAUAGUUUGUGGUGUAUAUAGAAAACAUAUUUUAUAUAAA